AUGUCGGGGUGGAGCGGAGCUCGAAAUCUGGUCGCAGGCACCUCCCACUUCUCCAGAUUCCUCCAACUCGAGUCGCAGUUGCUCACAAGCCGACUAGGUAGCCGCCAGAUCCACGUUGCGGCGGCGGCGGCGGCGGCACCGGUAUGGCGAUGUCGACGAACCCAUGAUCGCGCAGAACUGGAGUUCAAAAGAGACCAGAUCCGGACUCAGAUCCGAAUGCUGGAGUUGGGGAGGAGGCGGUUCACAACUACACCUUCACAAAUGCAUGGUCAUAUCGACCCGCCGAAGCCGGGUGAAGAGUUGCAUGUUACCUUUAUUGACAAGGAUGGAGAUCGGCAUGAGUUUGAAGUGUCCGAGGGCGAUAACCUUCUGGAUAUUGCACAGGCAAACGACCUGGAAAUGGAGGGCGCAUGCGGCGGCUCCUGCGCCUGCUCGACCUGCCAUGUGAUAGUCGAGAACGACGAAAUGUUCGAGAAGAUGGAGGAACCCUCCGACGACGAGAAUGACAUGCUAGACCUUGCAUUCGGGCUCACAGAGACCUCACGGCUGGGAUGCCAGGUCCUGAUGUCCAAGGAGUUAGACGGGUUGGUGGUCAAAUUACCCAAGAUGACCAGGAACAUGCAAGCCUCGGACUUUGAGAAAAGUUGA